ACUUCCCAGUUCAUCUGACUUCGUGGGACAUGGUUUUACUCUAAAGACCGGCCAGUCAUAUUGUUUGUUUGUGCGCGUGGAGACAAUAACCAAAGCUUGGUGCGCGCUUCUCUUUAAAUGAGCCGGUAUUGGAAACCGACUGCGAACCGAGGCAAAGAACUCACUUAAACUACACUUCUUGAGAGCUCCAGCUGCUGUGUUGGAUCGGAGCGGGCAUCCUAGACUUCAGCAUUGCAGGCCAUGAGUAGUUUCAAGGGCCAGGAUGUGGAAAAACAGGGCAUCAAGCUGCCCAAAAAAUGGGCUGAUCCCAAUGACAAGAUCCCAACAGACCGUACGAUGGUUGUUGGUGGAGUGGUGGGGGGAGGAGACUCCUUCAAACCCGUAGGAGCGGCAUUAAAGAAAUGCCGCCAGCGCUACGUGGAAAAGGACGGCAAGUGCAACGUCCACCACGGAAACGUAAGGGAAACCUACCGCUACUUUACAGACAUCUUCACCACGCUCGUGGAUUUAAGGUGGCGUUUGAAUCUUUUGGUGUUCACACUGGUCUACACUACCACUUGGGUCUUCUUUGGUCUCAUUUGGUGGCUCAUCGCAUACGUCCGUGGAGACCUGGACCAUACCGACGACAGUGACUGGACGCCUUGCGUGAAUAACCUGAACGGUUUUGUCUCUGCAUUCCUUUUUUCCAUCGAGACUGAAACCACCAUUGGUUAUGGGUACCGUGUCAUUACGGAUAAAUGUCCAGAAGGAAUCAUCCUGUUGUUGGUGCAGGCCAUCUUGGGCUCCAUUGUCAAUGCAUUCAUGGUGGGCUGUAUGUUCGUGAAAAUCUCACAGCCAAACAAACGUGCCGAAACGCUGAUGUUCUCCAACAGAGCUGUGAUAUCCGUGCGGGAUAGCAAGUUGUGUUUGAUGUUCCGAGUCGGUGACUUGCGUAACUCGCACAUAGUGGAGGCGUCCAUUAGGGCCAAGCUGAUCCGCUCCAAGCAGACCAAGGAGGGAGAGUUCAUCCCUCUGAACCAAACAGACAUCAACGUGGGGUUUGACACGGGGGACGAUCGGCUGUUCCUGGUGUCACCGCUGAUCAUUUGUCAUGAAUUCAACAAGAACAGCCCUUUCUGGGAGAUCUCUCAGGAUCAACUAGCACGAGAGGAGUUUGAGAUAGUGGUCAUCCUGGAGGGAAUGGUGGAGGCUACAGGAAUGACAUGUCAGGCCCGCAGCUCAUACCUGAACUCAGAAGUGCUUUGGGGAGAAAGAUUUACCCCUGUGCUUUCAUUGGAGGAGGGAUUCUAUGAAGUCGAUUAUGACACGUUCCACCACACCUACCCCGCACCGACCCCUUCCUGCUCAGCACGGGAGCUAGCGGAACUGGCAAAGAAAGGGGAAGCUAUCCCACUCCCCCCUAUUUCCCCCCCAGCAACUUUGGUAGAACCCCAACGGCCAAAGGAAAUGCCGGGCGUGGAGAACACAGAAGCAGAGGAGACUGUUAGCAACGGUGAUGUGAACCAAGUUGAAUGUGGGCAGGAAUGAGUCUUGGCUGCCCCUGUGUGGAUGGAUUUGAAAUAUAUACAUUAUUGCACAUCGCUGAAAUAUGCAUCAUUGACCUAAGGAAAAAAACUUACUGUGCUUGCUUCAAUCACAUCAACUUCACAUGAAUUGCUAAACUUCUAUAGGCUUUUAAGUCUUAUUUGCAAUUGACGCUAUGCUGAUACUAUUAAUAAAAUCUGUUUUGGAUGAUAGUACGGAAUCAGAUUUUAGGUGUAAAAAUACCUCCUUUGGCUUGAGCCUAAAUGCAAUAUAUAUUUAAUUAAGGAAUAUACAUUUACAGCUUUAUACUGUGUUUGCUUAACACACACACACACUACAGAAUUUGCAUCAUUGCUUCUAUGGUUUAUCAUCGUUAUACAUUAUUUGUAUUUAUUUAUUUAUAGAUUAUGAGAUUUAUUGUAUGAAAUGGUGCUCAUAGCUACACAGCAGCGUUGUUUAGCAUUGUUGAAUGAAAGAACUUUCAUUCCCUAUGAAGGGCAUAUUGAAUAUACAGUUUGCUUAUUAAUGAACAUUAUCUGUGAUACACACAAGGGUUGGAGUCAAGACAGAAUCAGCUGGCUGUUGAAUGAAUUGCAAUAAGGAACACUGAGAUGUAGAAUUCUUGUGAAUUCUCUGUAUAUGGUGAAAACACUUGCCAACGGUGAUCUUAAGUACAAUAGAAAUAUGUUGUGGUCUGAGAUUGUAAGCGGAGACCCAAAACAGUGAUUAUAUCAUCUAGAUCUGAAGAACAAGGCUCCAACUCUGGUUCUGAUUUAUAGAGCAUCAGUUCUGUAAUGGCGAAAUAUCAUAUUUCAGUAUAAACUAACAGCGACGUCUUCUGUUUGCUACAUCAUAACACACAUUAACUGGGAAAUAAUG